AUGAAGAAACAUAUUGCUAAUAAGACAUUUUCUGUAGUAUUACCUAAUGAAUACAUCUCAUGUUAUUACCAACAUCAGAAUCACAACUGUUUUUUUGUUCCUGUUCUCGGGAACAAACUUCAUCCGCUGUCACGUUAUUUUUCUUUAUCACAGCUCAGAUUCAGAUGUAUUGCAGCCAACGUUUUCUCCACCAAGUAUUGAGUUUGUUCCCUUCCAUUAUCAAACAGUGAAACACACGCUUGGCGUGUAAUAAUGCAAGCUGCAGAGUAGAUCCAUGUCCGUCUAUAACCAGCAAAUCCCAAGUAGGUGGCAGCUCACAGCCCACAACUUUAGGGAGUGCCUUCAUCUGCGCUGCGAGGUUCUGUAGGGCGCAGUCUCUGGAAGAAGAGAAAGGACACACGCAGCAUCUUAAAUGUUCCAAAGUAAGUCUUCACAACAUGAUGGCUGAGACUGACCUUUUGCUUUCUUGCUGACCUGUAGCUGAGGAGGAAAAUCCGUGAGGGGAAGUCCAGCUACAGGAGGAAGAAGGAGGAGCAGCUGCAGCAGAACAAUGUCAGUGAGGUGUGGAGGAGCCUGAAAACCAUGUCAGGCUUCAAAGCUCCACAUCCACAGGCUGAGGGGGACCCGAACUGGGUCAACGAGCUGAACUCAUACUUUAAUAGGUUUGACCAAGCACCCACUCACACCUCCCAGCAGCUGCCUCCAAACCUUUUGUCACCUCAUACCACAGGAUUACCAGCCCCCACAGCCCUUCACACCUUUACACAAAGCCCUCUACCCUCAGCCCUGACGACUGGCGACUCAUACCAACAACACCCCCUCACUUCACACCACACUGAGACACUCCCUCAACCCCUAUCCUUCUCCAGCACCCAGGUGAGAAGUGAGCUCAGGAAGAUCAAGGCCAGGAAAGCAGCUGGACCAGACGGCAUCAGCUCCAGACUCCUCAAGUCCUGCGCAGGCGAAUUGUGUGGAGUUAUGGAGCAUGUCCUCAACCUGAGCCUCAAGCUGAGGGUGGUACCACAGCUCUGGAAGACCUCCUGCGUGGUACCAGUGCCCAAGACACCGCACGCCAAAGACCCCAGCAGCUUCAGACCAGUGGCUCUGACAUCACCCCUGAUGAAGACACCGGAGAGACUGGUCCUGGGUCACCUCCGCUCUGCGGUGGGAACCUACCUGGACCCGCUGCAGUUCGCCUACCGACACGGCAUAGGAGCAGACGACGCCGUCAUCUUCCUCCUACAUCGAGCUCUUUCUCACCUAGAGAAGCCCGGCAGCACUGUGAGGAUCAUGUUCUUUGACUUCUCCAGUGCCUUCAACACCAUCCAGCCGGUGCCUUGCAUUCUGCAAGGAGGAGGAGAUCCCCACUGCUCCCAGCUGCUUCUCAGCCAAUAUGAGAUCCAGUUUGGGCAGUACCGGGGACAGACCUUCAAGUGGCUCCUGAGUCACGACGUGGGCUACGCUGUGGCCCUGCUGGCCUCACACCAGAAGGAGCGGGAGAGUGGUGACACAUCCAGCUCACCACUUAUGGCCAACAAGGAUGCCCUCACCACCUACAGCAAGCUGUUCCCAGAGGUGAUGUCAGCCGUGGAGGGACGCCGUGUCACGGAGGGUUCCACGUCUGUCCGGAGCCAAGACAAGAAGUUGGUGAGGUUCGGCCCCCACGGAGCCAUGACCUACGCCUCCAUGAACGAGGCCACGGGGAAAUAGGGUGUGACGUAAGCCUGUGCACAGACAACAAACACCAUGUGCUGAUGAAAUAGUGACAUUGAGUCUUUCUGGAACAACCGCGCACACAGUUGUUAGUGAUGUUGUUGUUACUGUAGCUACGUGCAGUGGCUGAGGAAGAAGAAGUGCAUCCCAGGCAGCAACCUGCAUGCUUUAAAGACCUACAUACUGGGCCGGGACCAGGAGAAGAACCAGCAUCCCUUCCAGCAGCCCCAGUGCCCACCAUCUGACAGUAGGUGUUCUGCUCCCAGUUUGCUUUCCUGCUGCCUGCAUGCGUGUCUCUGAAAGCUUAUUUCUUUGUCUGUUUUUGUGUGAAACAGCUGCUGACGAGCCCUCAGAGGAGACUCAGCGUGAGUUCACUCACACACACAAACACACACGCACACACACAGUGGUUACAACCCUUUAACAAAUGUGAAUGAUCCUAUGGUGAAUGUGUUUGGACCUGAUAAUAGCUGUUCUUCUGUUAUUCAGAAGCCUCCAAUGGAUUAAUGGUGUAAAACUGUAUGUAAUCGAUCGUUAUAAGGUCACUAUGAGGUAAGGUUGAUGUUUGCUGGACCCUGUAGAGUCCACCGCUUCUGCUUCUAGCUGGUAGUCAGCUGUAGAUCAUAAAGCCUAACCACCCAAGCUUAGACACUCAUGCCUCGCUUUUGUGUCUUUGCAUGAGUUUGAUUACUUUUAUUUAUUUUUGCAGAGGUCCCAUCUUCAGCCUCCACUCCUGCAGCAGUCGAUGACCUGGACCUGCCUUCCAGUGGUGACAGCGGCGUCGCCGUGCAGCACAGGACCAGAGCUCCAGCCGCAGCUGAGGGCUGUCCUAAACCCUUAGGGCCAGUUACUGGCUCAGAGGUGAGUGCCCCCCCUCCCUCUGCAGGGCAGCUCUCCCACUGUGCUUCACAUUGUUCAGUUUGUGCUGACCUUUUGUCUGUUCCUGUGGUGAAGCUGCUGCCUCACAGCUGGAGGCAGACUCUGCCGGAGGAGCAGCAGGACUGGGUGGGCCGGGCUCUGUUCACCAGGAACGCCAGGGGCCAGCAUGUCCUCACCACCGACCCUUCGCCUCUGGUGGUAC